AUGGCUGAAUUGUUCCACCAUAUGGCUGAAUCAAUGCAUGAUCCCCAUAGGAUUAACUUUGAGAAAAUGAGGAAAAUGGGUGGAGUGGAGUUUGAAGGUACUGUUGAUCCCACAUAUGCUGAACAAUGGCUUGAUCGCAUGGAGAGGGUAUUUGAGCAGUUGGACUGUUCAGAUGUUGCCAAAUUGAAGUAUGCUAUUUCACUAUUACAAAAUGAUGCUUAUGAUUGGUGGGUAAGUGUUCCGAAUGCCAAGUUAAAACCUUGUGUUCUUACUUGGGAUGAUUUUCUUAAGGAAUUUUGUAUGCAGUAUGUCCCACAUGCUUAUUGUGAUGCAAAGAAAAAGGCGUUUUUGAAUGUAAGGCAACGAGGCAUGUCUAUUGCUGAAUACGAACAAAAUUUUCUAAGGCUCUCAAGCUAUGCUGGUGUGUCUGCUGCUUUUACUUGGGAACGACUUUAUAAAGAAGAAACUAGUAGAAAUGAAAACAAAUUCCGAAAGCCUAGACAAGAUUUGGGGGGUCCAUCCAAAAGGGGAAGGUUUGAUAAUUCUAAAGUUGGUAGUGAUAACAGGCCACCUCAACAAAGGCAAAACGAAUCAGAAGUUUCUACAACUAGCACUCCAAAUUAUGGCCAAGGCUCAGUUAAUAAGACUUCUGUUAAUCCUCCUCAAACUAACAGAGGUGCAAGACCUAGAAACACCCAGGCAACAGGUACAAGUGGAGUUAAUCAAACUAGUGGGCAAAAGCCUACUGCACGCGCUUAUGCGAUGAGGCAGAAGAAUGAUCAAGAUGAACAAGACGUGGUUGUCGGUAAAUUUCACUUAUUUGGCUUAUGUGUGUUUACAAUGUUUGAUCCUGGUUCUACACACCCCUAUAUUUGUUCAUCACUUGUUCUUCCCGAAAAUGUGAAAUCUGUGAGACUUGAUUAUAAUAUGCUAGUUGAAAGUCCUUUGGGUUAUCAAGUUGUGUGUCAUCGAGUUUACCAAGAUUAUCUCUUUGUGAUUCAAAACCUAGUCUUUCAUGCUGAUUUGAUUGAAAUGCCCUUCAAGGAUUUGGAUGUUAUUAUCGGGAUAAGUAAUGAAGACCAUAAUAAACACCUCCGGAUUAUUUUGCAAAUUUUGAGGGAGAAAGAGCUUUAUGCUAAACUUUCCAAGUGUGAAUUUUGGCUUGAUGAAGUAGCUUUACUGGGACAUGUUGUAUCAACAAAAGGUGUGAUGGUGGAUCCUAGUAAGAUACAAGCAGUUGUUGAAUGGAGACCUCCUAAAAGUCCAACCGAGGAGAUUUUGAGGGCUAAUUUGGUCAUGUCACCAUGGAUUGUAAUAUAA